AUGCCCAGUGGGGCAAUUUUCUCAGAGCAGAAGCUGCAACAAACAACGAAGUUGCAGCACAAGUUAAAGGAGGAGCAACUUAUGGCUCAGAUUUUGGGCGAGAUAGUCACUGAGCGUGUAGAAGAAGCAACGAAGGCAGGAGAUGCGCUGCUUGAGGCCACGAAGCAAGCAGAUCAGCAGCAACUUGCAGUUGCAGUAGCAGCAUAUGAGGGCAGCAAAGCAGAAGCAGACAGGUUCAAGGCAAGGGCAGCAGAACAGGAGAAGGUGGUGGCCGGUCUGACUGCUGAAAUUGAAGCAUUGAAUUCUCCACAAAUGCCCCUGCCUGAUGCCCUGAAAGUGGUCAAGAAGCAGCGGAAAGACUAG